CUCUAUAGCUUUAAUGCAUAGCCAGAUACACUAUAUGGACACAAGUAUUAGAGCUUAUAAUUCUGGUUCAGGAUUCUUAGAAUUCUGGUGUUUUAAUCAGAGCCAUUGCCAAAGGUGUAUACAUGCAAGCAUCUAGCCUUAUAGACUGCUUUUACAAAAUUUGUGGGGGGAAAAAAGAUUAUUCUGAAGAGCUCAGUGAUUUUAGACUUGUUACUGUGAUAGCAUGCCAUCUAAAGUUUUUUAUCUCAAGUGAGAUUUUAUCCUUGCAACAUAUUUCAUUGUCAACUGUAAUUGUGAAAGAGGAAGCAUUUGAAAACAGCAGCAACAAAACCCUGAAGCAGAAGACUAUGUAGUCACAGAUUAUUUGUCACAGUGAAUUCCAUAGACGAUUCCUCAUCAUAAACCUAGCUUCACAUUCAUAGAUGUAUAAAAAGAUUCUCAUAUUUUCCUGGUUUUAUUGAUUGUCUGUGUUACUUUGGAUUUCAUAUUUAUAAUGUGUAGGUUGCAAAUCGGGGACCAACUCCAUGUAUUUAGAAUGAAUAUGAUUGCAAUCCCUGUUGAUGUAAUAGUCAGGUGUCCAAAUAAUAAUGCUCAUAUAGUAUAUAUUCCUACAUGUUUAAAUGAACAUUAGCACAGUUGUGUUCUGCUCAUGGUACACCUGCAGAUAGAGCUGGUAUAAACACUGAGUUUUUUCACCUCAUCUCAUUAUUUUGGCCAUAAUGAUUUUGUGGAAAACCCUUCCAGAAAAUUAAGGUCAAUUUCCAUCAAAGCUGGAACUGAGCAGGAUGUUCAGAAAGCACAUAUGAAUUUAAUGGUCAUGUGUCUACAAAUAUGCUGCUGUAGUGAAUAGGGUUCGUGUAGCGUGUAGUGAACUUCUCAUGAACUUCUGCAGGGUCUGGUGCAUGAAGUUCGCCAGUACAGCAAUUACAUCAAUAAAAUUUUUUUUAAAUGUUAAGAUAUGGGGUUUUUUUUAUUGCACAAUUUUUUAAAUAAUGAUGUGUAAUGUUAUAAUGUUAUAUAAACCUCCCAGACUGCACACUUGUUCAGCAAACCAGGAGUUUUCCAUUAACAUUGCAUCUUGAAGCGCAAUAAGCGGUGCGCGCUCAGCCUUUCUCCACACGUACACUUCUACACAGAUUAGCCACUAGCUAACAGGGACAGGUUUGUGUUGACGGUUUGUGGUAAGAACAACGUGAUUAUUGAUGUAGCUUGCAUGUAAAAAAUUAUAUACGUAUUUUAAUUCGCUGGUAACUUAAAUAGGGAGGUCAAAGGUUUCAGCAUUACUUUCAGAAUAGCUGUUAUUUAGCUUCAGGUCGAAAGAUGGAAAAUGGUUCCACAUACAGCAGUGUUUCAAUAUCUGACUUGAACCCGAGUAUCACACGUCCGAAUUUGGUCGGGAUUAUUAUUGGAAAGACUGAUGCAAGAGGAUUCCCUGACAGGAAAAAUGUUGGUUCCGAGCGAUUUACCUUCAACUUUACAAUUAAAGACUCACCAAUCCAUUACAUUAAUGUUUCUUCAUGGGGCACUGAACAAUAUAUUCAAGGGCUUUGCAGCCAUUUUAAAAUAGGAGACUGUGUUUUCAUUGAAAAUCCUCUUGUUGUUACUAAAGAUCCAGAGAAAGAGGAUCGAUUCUGUCCUUUAACCCCAAGUUCCUUUGUCCUCAGUUUUUACAGAUUGUUGGUGACAGAAACCCACUCAGCCAUACGAAUGUGUUCAGAUUUAGACACAGAGAGCAGACUGCUUCCUCUGUUCCACAUACCAGUGAAGGACUCAGGGGAUUUCUACACACUGGGAGACAUUACUGCAAAUGGACAAAGCUUAGAUGGGAACUUUAUUAAUAUUCUAGCUGCUGUGCGAUCGAUUGGCGAACCAAAGUACUUUACUACAUCAGAUGGGCGAAAAGGGCAGAAGCUAGAGAUUAAACUGUUUGAUGAAACUUUGACAUCAUUCCCUUUCAUAUGUUGGGAUCGAGAAACAAUUCAGUUUGUGCAGACCUUGCCACCACGAGAGACAGUGCUCUUCAUAGUGGAUGCUCGGAUCAACUUUGAUACUUUUCGUAACUCAAUGGUGGCAACAGCUACCUCAAAAACGAUCAUUACUAUGAACCCUGGUUUCCUUUGUCUUUAUAUAGAUACAUUAGAAGCCAACCAGCUCUUCAGUUAUGCCAAGGAGUUAUCAGAAAGUGAACAGCUAAAUGAGCCAGAAAUAGAAGUGAAUGUUAAUGUUCCCUGUAAGCAUAAAACAUGCAUUUGUUUUAACUGUAUAGGACCAUCUCAGGUAGAUAGUGAAUAUUUAUUUUACAAUUAUUUCACAGUGGACUCCAUUUGUGAUGUACAGACAGUAAGUCAGGUUAAAGCCAGAGCCCUGAACAACUCUGAUGCCUUUUAUGUUGUGAUAUAUGGGUUCAUCACCACUUUAGGAUUAGAUUCCUGCAUUACUAGAGUCAUUCGCAGCAGGUGUGACAGAUGCAAAUUUCGUGUCCAUGAGGACACUGAGGUCUGCACUAACGCAGCCUGUCCAAAACAAGGAGAAGCAGGUGAAGUCACUGCAGCCUUUGAUCUGCUAGUGGAUAUCAGUGAUCACACAGGAACUCUGCAGAGCUGUAAUCUGUCAGGCACUGUUGCUGAGCAAACACUAGGAUGUACUUCCAAGGAAUUUGUGUGUCUAUCAGAGUCUAACCGGACGGCCAUGAAGUGGAAGUUUCUGCUGGAAAGAUGCAAAGUUUAUGUAAAGGUGUUACCAUCAACAAAAAGCAAAAUUGGCAUGAGGACAAGCAUCUUGUCUUGCACCCUUGCUGAUCCAGUGGAAGUGAAACAAAGCAUGUCUGCCUUCACCAGCUUUUAUAUACCAGAUAUAAGAUUAAAUAGUGGUAGUGUUUGAUCAAUAAAUCUUUUUUGAUCUAAAGAAAAUAUACUUGACCUACACAACUGUUUGCUUCUGUUCCGUUUUGUUUAUAUUUGAUUUGUGUAUCUAAUGUUCUCCUUGGAUAAAUGUAAUCAUUUGCUUUAGAAAGUUUCUCUGUUGUCCUUUUCGCCUAGUCGGAACUAUUAAAUGUGUUCCGUGUUUCAGGCGGAAUGUGUUCGGUCGGAUAUGCAUCGGCUUGGUUAUUGCCAUUAUUCUAAAUAAAGAAUAUUUCAUUGAC